ACAGAUGAGAAGACUGAGCCCACCUCUGUAUGUUUAGAGCUCGGAAUCUAGGGGCCCUUCAGACAUGUAAACCACCUUUUACUAUAAAUGUGAACAUUGGAAAAAUAAUAGUGGGGUUACUUUUCAUGGUAUUAAAUACUGUAUGAGUGGGGGACGGUGUUAGUGUUGGGGUGAAGGGUUUGAGGGAAGGGGGUGGUAAGAAGUUAAACCAAUCUGGUUCAUUCCCCCCCACCAAGACUUCUGAACGAACAGUGCGUCUGUUGCUGAGGAAAACUGGAGUCAAUCCCUUUAGGUGGCUCUUAAUUAGGCACCAGCUUCUUGAAAGUCUUCAGAGUCAUACGGGAAAGUUCUCCGGUCUAUAUGGCUACAGACCAGAACUUCUCAGGGGGUCAAGAUAAACCCCAAGGCAGCCCGGAGACAGAUCUGCGGCAGUCUAUUCCGUCGCAAGGAGCCCACGACAGGACUCGAGGCAACAGGAUGCAAGACGGCGACUGUGAGACGUGGCACCUGAGCUUCAGGGCUUUCACCGGCUCGGAGACGUCAGACCCCCUUGAGGACCUGAGGAGGCUCGGUGAGCUCUGCUACCUGUGGCUGCGGCCAGACCUUCACACCAAGGAGCAGAUCCUGGAUGCGCUGGUGCUGGAGCAGUUCCUGAUCUCCAUGCCCCCGGAGCUUCAGGUCCUAGUCAAGGAAAGUGGUGUGCGGAGCUGCAAGGACUUGAGGGACCUGCUGAGAAGCAACGAGACCCCCAAGACUUGGACCAUAGUCACCUUACAAGGACAGGAAUUUCUUGUACAAAGUUCAGAUGCUCAGAUGGCUGGAGCGGAGGUCAGUGACAUGGACCUUGUGGCGGACUUGUCCAAGAAGCCCCCAUCUUCCAUGAGUGAGACACGUCCAGAGGACAGCGAGAAGGUCAGCAGAGAGCUGCAGAAUCUGCCAGGAGUCGACGAGCCAUCAGCUGGGCAGGCACAGAACGUUCUCCUACUGGAGACCAUUCCUGGAAAAGGUGUACAGGACAGUCGGAGACCCAAGGGGAACCUGAAGGAGAAUCUGAUGGAAGAUCCGGAAGAGAGAACAAUACUGAAAUUCCAAGAGCCUCAGCUUCUGGAAAGUCCUGAUUCCAUGAAGGCAAAGGGUGGAAAGAAUCUCCAAGAAGGAGCCCAUAUUACAGACGUGCAUGCCGACAGACCCUCCGCCCACGUUUCAGAGGGACAAACUUCCCCUCGGAGUGGGAACAGAAGAGAUUCUCAGAAAAGCCCAAGAAAUCCCAAAAGAAGAAAACUGGACAACACCUCCAUUUCCAAAGAAGUACCUCAAGGAGGGACCCCGUAUUUGGACAAAGGAGAAGUCUCAGCUCAACCUGCGUCCAGCUCAGUCCAUCCUGUUGGGGUAAAAGCCACGGGACAGACACCAACAGGACAGACACCAACCGUGUGCAGCAUCUGUAAGAGAGGGUUUCGUUACAAAUCUCAGUUUCGCGUUCACUGGAGGACACACACGGGAGAGAGGCCGUUCAGAUGCGAUGUCUGCGCGGGGGCGUUCACGCAGCCUUCGGACCUCCGCGUGCACCAGCGAAUCCACACAGGGGAGAAGCCCUACUCCUGUGAGCUCUGCCACCAGACCUUCACCCAUGACUCCACCCUUCGGAGCCACCGCCGGGUCCACACCAAGGAGAAGCCUUACGCGUGUGCGGACUGCGGGAAAGCUUUCAGCCACAAGGGGAACCUCAACGUCCACCUUCGCACCCACUCUGGGUUGAAACCCUACACGUGUCCCGAGUGCCACGGCGCCUUUCGUCAGUUGGGAACUUUCAAACGCCACCAAAAAACCCACGCGAAGUGACUUCCUGAUGCUUCCGCAGACAAGGCGACCGGGUCCAAGUCCCUUCUGCCCUGAGAAGGAGGUUAAGGGUGAUUUGUCCCCAAUUUUGGAAAAAUGACAGGACAUCUCGAGCACUUACAAGGUUUCCGGAACACAGCAGCUGUCCCGUGAAUGUUAAUUAUGAGGAUCUUGGAAUGAUGACGUCUUCCCUAUUGGUUUUCAUUUUCCAAAGUCUCAUCAGUCUCAUCGUGUCCCAUUGUCGUGAGCUUUUUGGUUUAUGUUGCUAUUCUCUCAAUGAAGGCC